AAAAAUCUAUUGACGUCAUUUUCAGAACUUUUGAUCAAAUAGAGAAGACAGAAAUUGCUUUGUUUUCAAGACGAUCCUUUACUUAUAGGUGUUUAAACACAAUUCCACUUGAAUCACCUGUUCGUUCUCAUCUUUAUACAAAAAUAUUUUCUCGGCAGCCUUUACCGUUUACCUUCCACAUGAUUUACUUAAUUUUUGAAAUUGAAAAUGGAGAACAAGAAGAAUUAUUGUUCUUUAAUCUUAUUAAUAAUUCAGAAAUACUAAAAGAUACGAAACGGCUGCAAGUUAUUGAAAACAUCUUAUCUAGUCAAAAAAACUCGGAAAUGGCUGCAUUAUGCUGUGAUGUUAUUCAGACGCAACUCUCUAUAAAAUAUCAAUUUGAUGAACUAUCUAUUCACUUUCUGAAAGCAAUAGAUAUUUUAAUUAGUAAUUCCAAAGAGCUACAGAAAAUUACUGCAAUUGCCUUUUUGAAAGUAUUUGCAAAUAAAUUUUGGGAUAAUAUUGAAAAUUUAACUAAUCCUAUCAAAUUUGAAUUUGCAAAUAUCAAUCGUAACGAUUUAAACAAACGACUAACGACUUAUGAAAUUAAACAAUUUUGCAAUACACAACAACAAAAUUUACCAUGGGUCAAAAUUUUAAAAGCAGAUUGUGACAGUCGUCUUGGAUUUAACCCUUACUGGUAUAGUGAACAAUUUAAACAAGUCGAACUUUUAUUCAACACUAUUUCUUAUAGUGGUGAAUCAUCAGUAAAUGAUCUAUUUAAUUCAUAUAUUGGAAAUCAUGAGAUAACCCGGAAAAUUUCAUUGGCAGGGAUGAUAAUGACCAAAUUUUAUCUAAUUAGAGCAUCACGUGAAUUGAAUGCAAAUGAACAUAUUUUAUUACAAAAGACUUCUAAAUACUUACAAUCAUCUCAACUUCCAGAACAUUAUAAAAUAUAUCUUUUAAAUUUUAUGACAAAUGAAAAUCAACUAUACAAAUUGAGACCAAAUGUUAAAAAUAUCGAAAUGUUUAUUUCAUCAAUUGUUGCUCAUGUCGUGGCAUUGAAUAUUUCAAGUGCUGUUAAUUCAUCUCCUUUAGUUGCAUACAUUCAAGCACUAUAUGAUUAUAAAGAUACUUAUAUCUUGACAUGUCCAUCGGAUGAGAUGGCCUCAAUAACAAACAUAAUAAUUGCAAAGGAUUCAGGAACAAGAAGAUAUCGAUGCAAAUGUGGAAAUCUUUAUUUUAUUGGCGAUUGUGGACGUCCAAAUCAAAUUGGUGAAUGCAAUCAAUGUAAAAACAAGAUUGGUGGUUUGAGUCAUAAUCUUAAUGAAGGAAAUAGCAGUAUAGAUGGAGAUAAGAUAAAACAAUCGAUUAAUGUAAAUGAUGUAAAAGGUUAUAUAAUUGAAGACACAUUUGAUACUUAUUAUACUGUUAGAACUUUGCAUCCAGCUUCUUAUAGAAUCCUUCGUCUAUUCUUGCACAUCAUUAUUGGAGUUCAAGCCAAUUUACCAACUACCGUUAAUUUUAUUAACAAUCAGGAUUGUGAUAUUGUUCAAUAUUGUAAAAAACACAUUGAAAAUGAUUGGGAGGCAUUGAAAAAUAUUUUUAACUGCGAUGAUGAAACUUUGGCGUUAGGUAUUCAUUCGAUACUUUCAGAUAUGGUACAAGAAUCUCAGAGAAAUGUUGAAAAGUUUACAUCACCAGCCCAAAGAGAGGCAUGGGAAGAAUACUUUAACCAACAGUACGUUUUACCAAGAAUAAAGAAUUUUAUUGGAACUGCUAAUAAUUUUCGAAUAGCAUUAGAUAAAAAUGCAGAAAAUUUACUCGAAAUUAAUGAGACUCUGGAAGUCACUGACCAAUACAAUGAAAACUAUCUACCACAAGAAAUGCCUAAAUUACAUAGCAAAAUUUCAAUCGUUUAUGGGUUAUAUGUGCAUGAACCAAAAGAUGAAUCUUUAUAUCUAGGUGCAACAAUAGAAUUCUUGGUUCAAUUGCAAAACAAUUUUCUAAAUGACGUUAUAGAAAUUUCUCCUAAAACCUGUCAAUCACUAAAAUUUAUUGAAAAACUAGAUACUCAAGAACCGAGAUAUCACUUGCAAUCUAUUAAUCUUGAAAAUGCAAAAUCAGAACAAAUAAUUAAUUAUAAUGACAUUUAUGAAAUCUUUUUAUAUUGUCAAUAUAAUCUUAGACUAGGCCAUGGUCGGGAAAUUGAUUAUGAUCUAUACAAGAUUGAAGCUGAAUUGGCUCUAGAGUUGGUGUAUGGAAAAAAGUUAAUUAAAACUAAUAGAAAGCAAAUGUAUUUGAAUUCAUUCGCAUAUUCUAAAGAAUUAUUUAGCAGAUCUAUGACAAUAUUGGAAGAGAUUAAAAAGUUAGUACAUCAAGAGCCGAUACCUGCUAAUAACUUACCAGUUAUAUCAGACAAUGAAAUGGAAUUACUUUCAGCCCUAGAAAUAACUAUUUGUUUUUUAAAGCAAACAUCUGGAGGAAACCGUGAUACCUUAAUUAGCGAUUAUAUAAAAAAAUGGAUGAAAUCAAGCGUGAUAAAAAAAGAUAAUAGUAGCUAUGAAUUAUUAACAAGAACAGGAUUACAACUUAAACAUAUUGUAGCAUUAUAUGAGUUAGUUGAAGAGCAUGUUGCUGAUAUAGUUAUAAAUUGCAUACCUUUGAAAUAUCAAGCUGAGUUAGACGAAUCUAUAGUGCAAGUUAUUACAAAAUCAAUAGAUUUUGAAAAAUCAAUUUCGGAAAAAUCUACAGAAAUUCCGGCAAAAGCAUUCUUGACUGCUUUAAAGAGACUUAUAGUAAGAUAUUUGUCGACUGAGUCGACUGAUAAUGAAAUCAUUAAAGAAAACGUUCCUAUUUCCCUAUAUCUUGUGGACAAUGCUUCUCUUGGACUUUGGCCUGAUUAUACUUCUGUCGAUGUUAUAGAAAAUAAAUUUCCAACUACUUCAUUAUUAACUUCUCAUAUAUAUAAUGUUUACAAGUUUGUUAAGAAGGUAAAUAUUUAA